AUGCAGAUGUCCAAGAACCUCGGCCUCCUCACCCUGACGGUCCUGUCCGCCCUGGGCCAAGCAGCACCCCAGAAGAGAAACGGCGGCAACAACAACAAAGACGACGGGGAGACCUCUGCCGUAGACGCGUUCUUCGACAGCUUCAAGCAAGGUGGCUCAGACGCAGGAGGCCAGAGCGAAGGCGAUGCCGCGGCUGCGGCAAGCGGCGCCACGCAGGCCGGUGACGAUGUCACAAAGGGCUUCAGCGCCAAGACGCAGGCCGAGGUCGACAGCGGCGAGCUCACCUGCCAGCUGAACAGCAACAAGCAGGUUGUCUGCUCUGAUAUUUCUGGGGCCAGCAAUAUCAUCCCAUGA